AUGGAAGUGGUGAAGGCUGAUUCAACGGAGGAGGACGAGGAGGAGUAUGAGCUUGUGUUAUGUGGCACACGCCUUCGCCGGGUACGAAAACGGAAGCCGAGACCGGAGGAGCAGUUGCCGAAAGGGUGUCUCCCCGAAGAGAAAGUGUCUCUGGCCGAAGCUUUGGCUAGGAUUGAUCCUUCUCAUCUCGCCGCUUUCCUCGCCGACGCACCGGAAUACCCUCCGGGAUUUGUAGUCUUCGACUUGGUAGAUUACUUUAGCAGUGCAAUCUCCGGAGUAUCAUCUGUGGAAUAUCAGUAUCCAUGGCCCAACAUGAACAAUCUGAGGCGUGUCAUCGAUCUUCCGUUUCGUCAUGUUCCUGAACCUGUCUUUACAGUAGCAGAAGACUGGAUCGAGAAAGUUGAACUAAAGGAAGUCAGUAACUUUGUACUGUGGUCGUUUGGUUGGAUUCGCGAUCGUGUGGCAGGAAUACCUACUGAGCCCUACUCUGAACUUGGAGUAUUUGUUGCAUUAUCAAUAGUUUUGCGGGGCAGGUCUUUUGUAUUGUCUCCUAUAUUGCCCCUUCUGAGGCAAAGAUAUUAUUGUUUAGAGCGCGCACAGAAAAUGAUUCCGUUUACAGUGUGGAUGAUGGCUCAGGUCGCCCAAGUUGAUUUAUGGGCAGGCUUGCAGUCAUGGGCGAGUAACUUGUUACCGCUAGUUCGUGUCAACUUAAAAGACAACCCUCGGUCAAUAAAUUUCAUCUUGCAGCUGAUUGAGAAUGUUUGCUCGGAGCCAGGGGCUCGGGAAUCAAUUUUAGAAGAUGUUGAUGAGGAUUGGAGACUGUUUCCAAUUCUUUCGUUUAAGAUGUUGCUACCGCUUACAUUCCCUGCUCCAUUCGAGAGAGUAAAUGUUACAAAGCGGUUUGAGGCAGUUUAUCCCUUGCUGAAGGAAGUGGCUCUUGCCGAUGCCGAUGCAGCAGGAAUCGAGGGAUUGAAACGAGUCACUCAAAUAUUCGACUUUUGUUUGAAGUUUGCUCGGGAAGGAAAUGCUGUUUUAGCCAAGGAAGCUGCAUCAAUCGCUAAUUGGUGUGUGACCAAGAACACACAGGACACAGAGAGGUUUGAUGCGUUUUAUCCCUUGUUGAAGGAAGUGGCUCUUUACCAUGCACCAGGAGUGGAGGAAAUGAUACAAAUCACUCCGCAUAUCUUCGCUUCUUCUUUCAAAUUUGCUGCGGAAGGAAAUGCUGAAUUAGCCAAGGAAGCUACAGAAAUCGCUGUUUGGUGUCUGACCAAGAACGUUGACUGCUGCAAACACUGGGACGAAGUCUAUAUGGAGAAUCCAAAAGCUAGUGUUGCUCUUCUUAAACACCUUGUAGACGAAUGGGAUGAAGAUCAUUCCCUCAAACUAUCUUCAUCACCUAGAGAUACUCGCAUUCUCAAUCUUACUAUGAAGAGCUUUUUGGUAAAGAACAAACGAGGCAUCACUGAAGGAGGAGUCAGUGGUUUUCUUUACAAAGAAGCUAACAAGUACUGCAAAGAGAUUUCAAGGAGACUAGUAGUAUCCCGUGGAAAUGGCUUCCUCAAAGGUUGUGGAGCCAUUAGUUCCGUGAUUCUUGCUGCUGUAGCUCAAGUGGUUGUAUACGUCGAUGCCAUCACCACAGUUCUGAUGAGUUUUACCUUUCUUUGUCUUUUUCUUUUCCUUCUUCUCGACUCAUACGUUGAAGGCUUAAAGGUUAUUUUAUGA